AUCUUCAGAAACACCUGUGCAACUACACAGACUUGAACAAGCCUGAAAGGUGACUGAGAGAGGUCUGCUGUGCCCUUGCAGGUGACUGAGAGAGGUCUGCUGCCCCUGCAGGUGACUGAGAGAGGUCUGCUGUGCCCCUGCAGGUGACUGAGAGAGGUCUGCUGCCCCUGCAGGUGACUGAGAGAGGUCUGCUGCCCCUGCAGGUGACUGAGAGAAGUUGUGGAGGCAGGGCUCUGUGCAGAAGGUCCAGUGUGCAGGAGGUUCUUGCAGCAGGAGACGAUGGGCGUGGUUCUGUGUGUGGUGUUGCUGUGCUCGGCCCUCUCGGGGUCGUGCGCUUUCAAGCCACUUUUUGGAAGCUCCAUCACCCACCGCGAGAUCACGGAGACCGCCAUCCUGCGCAAAACCGCGGAGGUGUGCCGGGCGCUGGCUGCUGCACAGGGUCGCGACUUCGUGCUGCCGGCCAGCGAGAGCGGAUCCGCUUUCGGGGUGCAACGGGCCUGCACCCCCAGAGAUGACUCCCUGUGGUCUGGGACCAAAUUCAAGGCCUCCAUCAUGGCGAUGUACCUGAGCAACGCCCAGGUGGACCUCUUUCACAUGUUCAGCGACGAGCACCACUUUGACGGGGAGAGCUUCAUGGGUGGGCGGAGCCUCAUCACGCAGGGCGUGGUCAGCGUGAAGGCCAGCGUCCGCCAGGAGAGCUUCAUCUCCGCACGGCUGACCCUGGGCAAAAUCUGCCACACCCUCCAGGAUUUCUACAGUCACAGCAACUGGGUCGAACUGGGAAAUAGACGUCCUCAUACCAUCCUGAUCCGGCCAGACCUGCCCAUUGAGAAUGUGGCAGACAGAAACACUCCCACCUGCAGAAACUGUGAGAGCGGCAGCUGCAGGGACAACAUCCUCCCCGAGAUCCUGGCAGCGGGGAAACUCACCUCAGGAUACUUCAGCCUCCUCCCCUUCUCCUCCAAACCCCCAGGGAAGUGCAGUCACGGUGGUUUAGCAGACCGAACGAGCGGUCUGGAACCGACGGGUGGGAUCAAUAAGGACGACGACGGAGCGAGUCACGGAUACCUGCACAGAGACGCCGCCAACGUCGCCAUAAACGCCACCAUGGAGCUGCUGGAGGACAUCCGAGGCGCCGCGGGGGAGACAGCCUUCCUGAGGCUGAUGGGCAUUACUCGUUCCUCAGUUCUGUGUUUUGUGAUUGACACCACGGGCAGCAUGUCAGACGACAUCGCUGAGGCGAAGAGGGUGGCGUUCUCCAUCAUCGACAGCAAGAAGGGGACAGCGGACGAGCCUUCCUCCUACAUCCUGGUGCCCUUCAACGACCCGGGCGUUGGACCUCUGACACGGACGACAGAUGCAGACAUGUUUAAACAAAGGAUCAAUGAGCUCACUGCUAACGGGGGAGGGGACACUCCAGAGCUGAGUCUAUCAGGACUGCAGCUGGCUCUCACCAGCGCUCCCCCGUCGUCUGAGAUCUUCGUUUUCACCGACGCCCCGGCAAAAGACACAGAGCUGAAGAGCACAGUCUUCGCUCUGAUUGAGAGCACCAAGUCAGUGGUCUCCUUCUUGUUGACCAAUGCGCUCACUGCCCGUCGGAGGAGGAGCAGCGGUCAGGAUCAGGACCAAGGACAGCGCUUCACCAGCCGGAUAACCAGCUCCGUUAACCAGCUGUACCAGGAGCUGGCUGUGGCGUCCGGGGGACAGGCCAUAGAGGUCACCAAGGCAACCCUGUCACAGGCCACCGACAUUAUCGUGGACACCUCCACCUCCGCUCUGGUCACUGUAUUUCAGUCUGUGAGGAACCCAGGAAGGCCAGAUAAUUUCUCCUUCCUGGUGGACACGUCUGUGAGGAACCUGACCGUCUACAUCACAGGCAGCUCCCUCAGCUUCACUCUCCGCAGCCCCUCAGGUGUUUCCCAGAACAAUACUGUCACAAAUGGGCUCCUGGGAACGAUACAGGCCGUGGGGAACCUGUACACAAUUCGGCUGGAAAACCAGGCAGGAUUAUGGGAAAUAAGCCUCAUCUCAACACAGCCGUACACUCUCAAAGUCACAGGUCAAAGUGACAUUGAUUUCAUUUACAACUUCGUGGAGGCCUUCCAGGGGUCUCACAGCGACUUCACCCUGAAAGAGGGCCGUCCUAAAGCAGGCAGUAACGCCACCCUGCUGGUGUCCGUGGUGGGCGGGGCCUCUCUGACCGUGACGGAGGUUUCCCUGGUGGAGGUGUCGGGUUCGAGUGUGGAGAACGGCACCGUGGAGGCAGUGGGGGACGGGGACUAUCUGGUGUCCCUGAACAGGGUGCCAGCGAGUGACUUCGUCGUCCUGCUGAAGGGGGUGGCCGGGGGCCCCACCAGGUCCUCCCAGAGCACCUUCCAGAGACAGUCCACCACUCAGCUAAAGGCAUCCAGUGUGGCCGUCACAGCCCAGGCUAACAGCACUCUGGAACCUGGGCAGAAUUUUGCCCUUCCAUUCACUGUAUCAACCAAUGGCACAGGGGGCACCUACACCAUCCGAGCCAGAGACGACAGGAACUUUGUCGAUACUUUCACAGCCAGCCUAACUCUGGAGAGUGGGGGCAGUGCCGGGGGCUCAGUGGAGCUCAGAGUACCCUCCAGCACCCCGUCAGGCACCGACGUCACGCUGACCAUUGAGGCAGAAGCCCCCGGUGCUACUGAUGCCAACUACGCCGUGCUGCGCCUCUCCGUCGUCGCCAAGGUGACAGACUUCAGCCGGCCCGUGUGCACGGUGCUGAGCGUUAGCGCUAACUGCUCUGAGGACUGCAGCAGCUCGCAGUGGGAGCUCUCCGCCAACCUGACGGACGGGACGGGGACCGGCAUCCAGAGCGUCUCCACGCGCCUCGGCAACGGCACCCUGAACACCACCCCCUCCACGGGGGAGGGGGGCGUCAACGUCACCCUGGCCACCUACAGCGCCUCCUGCUGUUCGCCGGAGGUGGAGAUAGUGGCGGUGGACGCGGUGGGAAACGUGGGCACCUGCUUCCACUCCAUCAGGGCAGCAGUGGAGCCCAGUGUGGCCCCCAACACCACUGUCCAAUCCCCUGCCACUAACUCCACAGCCCCUCCCACCAGCACUCUGACCACUCCCAGCAGUGCUUCCACCCUGAGGCUGUCCCUCUUCCUCAUCCUGUUCUCAGUGGUCUCACUUAUGACCUUCCUGCCGUUCUGAGCAACACACUCAGGAUAACCUGAGGAAGAUGGAUCAGCCAUUUUCCACAUAUUUGGAGACCAGAAUGGGAGGAGGGUAAAGAUCUCAGCAGUUGUUGCUUGAGUCUGUAUUGAUGGGUAGAGCACUAUACCCUGAGCAUUAAAAGGCUCCUCCUCUGUAGCUGGGCUCCAAGGUCAGAUCACCAGGGUCAGGCUGACCGACUCUCCUAUCAUGGGUUCAUUUCUGGUCCUCUUCCCUCACCACUACCUCCUCUGCUGCAGCAACAGACACCGGUUCCUCCUCUGCUGUAGCAACAGACACCGGUUCCUCCGUGCCGCCAGCCUCUCCCUCAUGUCUCACUCGGCGCUGGAGAUUGCUA